GAGCGCCAGCCCUUGCACUAGCGAUCAUCGAAGCCAAGAGGGGGCUGAGAGUCUCCCCGCUGGAUCGGCAGAAGGCGAAGACUUUUGCAAUGAAACUGUGGCAGCUUCGGUCCAUCAAAGAGCUGGAGUGAUGAGCCACCGCCUGCUCUUCUGUGUGAUUGAAAGAGUCCGUUCUAUAGCUCUGAGGGGAGGGAGGGGGCGCGGAUGUACCUGCCCCUAUUUCCACGCACCCCAGCAUUCAAAGCACAGCAUCCCGAGAACUGGAGAUAAUGAGGGGAUUCCAGCUCCUUGCUGAGACCAGGAUACUAUUCCGGUGACAGAUGGAUCUCUCGCUCGCUCGCUCUCUAGCUCUCUAUAUUUUUGUUUUCAAGAUGUUUGAUCUGAAGUUCUGAAGCAUCUCGGAGGGGACCCAGGAUAGGGGGAGGAGGAGCAACCCCGGGAGCCCAGCGACCGAAGAGGCAGCUCCUCCAAGUCACCUCGUGGUCGUGGGGGAAGGCGGGGAGGGUGUGUGUGUGGGGGGGUGUCGUUCCUGAGCCUUCAAGAAGAUCUGUUGUUUAAUUUUUGUUUUGUUUUAAAGAGAAGCACAGAUUUCCACUCCCCCCUCUUUUUCCUGGAUUGGGAGCGGCAGGAAGGAGUGGAUUUUGCCCCCUGUUGCUCUACACCCCAGGGUUGGCACGGAGGGAAAGAAAAAUGUUGGUGACGGCACCGGAUAGAACUGAGGUGCCUGUGCCCUCCUAUCGCUAACCAGCAAGGGAGCGUCGCCUCUCAUCCCCUCCCUUUGCUCUUCGGAGGCUUGUUUUCUUUUUUGCCCGUGGGGGGAAGGGGGGCGCCGCAUCUGAACAUGCUGCGUCUGGGCUUGUGGGCGGCCGCCCUGCUCUGUGUGUUCUCCCCUGGCACGGUGCAUGGCGACUGCUGGCUGAUCGAGGGGGACAAGGGUUACGUGUGGCUGGCCAUCUGCAGCCAGAACCAGCCUCCCUACGAGACCAUCCCCCAGCACAUCAACAGCACAGUGCACGACCUGCGCCUGAAUGAGAACAAGCUCAAGGUGGUGCUGUACUCCUCCCUCAACCGCUUCAGCAACCUCACCGACCUGAACCUGACCAAGAAUGAGAUCUCCUACAUUGAGGACGGGGCCUUCAUGGGCCAGGCCAACCUACAGGUCCUGCAGCUGGGCUACAACAAGCUCACCAACCUGACGGAGGGCAUGCUGCGUGGCAUGGCCAGGCUGCAGUUCCUCUUCGUGCAGCACAACCUGAUUGAGGUGGUCACACCCACCGCCUUCUCCGAGUGCCCCAGCCUGAUCAGCAUCGACCUGUCCUCCAACCGACUCAGCAGGCUGGAGGGGAACACCUUCACCAGCCUGAGCAACCUGAUGGUGUGCGAGCUAGCUGGCAACCCCUUCAACUGCGACUGCAGCCUCUACAGCUUCCUCACCUGGCUGGUGGUCUUCAACAACGUCACCAAGAACUAUGACCGGCUGCAGUGUGAGACCCCCCGGGAGUUCGCCGGCUACCCGCUCCUGAUGCCUCGACCCCACCACAACCGCAAUGCCAUCACCAUCUUCCAGUCCAUGUGCCGGGGAGGCACCAUCCCAUCCCUCUCGAGGAUCAACCCCACCCCCUACACGCCUGACUCCCAGAGAGACCUGGAUGAGAACUCGGGGUUCAACCCCGGGGACUUCCUCUCUGUCGAGCCCCCGGCCUCCUCCACCACCGACUCCUCAUUCAACCCCAGCAUCAAGCUGCACCACGUGACCAUCACCUCAGCCACCUUAGUGGUGACGAUCCCCUCACCCUUCAGCAAGAUGUAUGUGCUGGUCCAGUACAACAACAGCUACGUCUCUGAUGUCACGACCCUGAAGAACAAGAAGGAGUAUGUCACCCUUAGCAAACUGAAGGCCCACACGGACUACACCUUCUGUGUGGCCUCCAUCCGCAACUCCAAGCGCUACAACCACACCUGCCUGUCCUUUGCCACCAGGAGCAAGGGGAGGGAGGAUCCAGUGCCCAAUACCUCCACCACCACUCACUACAUCAUGACCAUCCUGGGCUGCCUCUUUGGGAUGGUCAUCGUCCUGGGGGUGGUGUACUACUGUCUGAGGAAGCGAAGGAUGCAGGAAGAGAAGCAGAAGUCCCUCAACGUCAAGAAGACCAUCCUGGAGAUGCGCUACGGCUCGGAUAUAGACACCAGCUCCAUCGUCCACUCUUCGCAGAAGCUGGGCGAGCCACCCGUCAUCCCUGUCUCGCGGAUGUCCUCCAUCCCUUCCAUGAUCGGGGAGAAGCUGCCCCCAUCCAAGUCAAUGGAGGCUGGGAUGGAGACCCCCAAAGUUACUACCAAGGGCAACUAUAUUGAGGUGCGGACGGGUGGCGGGGAUGCCCUGGAGAGAGCCCAGCGGGAUGACGAUCUGCGUGAGCUUGACAACGGCCAAGGCUCAGCAGCUGAGAUCUCCACCAUCGCCAAGGAGGUAGACAAGGUCAACCAGAUCAUCAACAAUUGUAUCGACGCCCUCAAGUUGGACACGGCCUCCUUCCUGGGAGGAGGGAGCGGCGUCGACUCAGACAUGGCGUUUGAGUGCCAAUCCAUCCCCGCCGGCUCCUCGGGUGGGCUGGAGCGGCCUGGCUUCCUGUCGCCACCGUACAAGGAGAGCUCCCAUCACCCCCUGCAGCGCCAGCUGAGCGCGGACGCAGCUGUGGCCAGGAAGACCUGCAGCGUCUCAUCCAGCGGCUCCAUCAAGAGUGCCAAGGUCUUCAGCCUUGACGUGCCAGACCACCCGCCAAUGAGCAAGUCGGAUUCCAAGUACAUCGAGAAAGGCAGCCCACUCAACAGCCCCCUGGAUCGUCUUCCCCUGGUGUCCCCGGGUGCCAUCCACCACCUGGAGGUCAAACCUUCCUACCAUUGCAGCGAGCACCGACAUUCCUUCCCGGCCCUGUACUACGAGGAGAGCGCCGACACUCUGAGCCAGCGGGUGUCUUUCCUUAAGCCGCUCUCCCGCUCCAAGCGGGACUCCACGUACUCCCAGCUCUCCCCCAGACACUACUUCUCGGGCUACUCCUCCAGCCCCGAGUACUCAUCUGAGAGCACCCACAAGAUCUGGGAGCGCUUCCGGCCUUACAAGAAGCACCACCGGGAGGAGGUUUACAUGGCGGCUGGCCACGCCCUGCGGAAGAAAGUCCAGUUUGCCAAGGACGAGGAUCUGCACGACAUCCUGGAUUACUGGAAAGGCGUCUCCGCUCAGCAGAAGUUGUGACUCUCUCUUUAAAAGGAAAGAAAAAAACCCAACAACCACCAACAAAAGAACCACUUGACUGUGAACAAAAACCGAACAGGCCCCUCCCCCUAUGACAAAAAUGAACCAAGAACCGUUUCUUACAAAGUUUACAAAAAAAAAAAAAAAAAAAAAAAAAAAGCAAGAAAGCAAACAAAAAACAAACUCCCGCAAUGAAUUGUCUCUCCUGUGUUGUGGGGACCACUGUUCCUCCUGCAGCUGGUUGGGCGGAGCCGCCUGCUUUGACACUGUGGUAAUGAUGCUGAUGGGC